AUGCGACUUUAUUGCAAGCAUAUCGCUACUCUAUCUCAAGCCUAUCGCAGGGCUAUCGCUACUCUAUGGCAAUCUUAUCGUUAUUCUAUCGCUACUCUAUAUCAAGCUUAUCGCUACUCAAUUGCAAGACUAUCGUUACUGUAUGGUAAGCCCAUCUCUACUCUAUCCCUAUCGUUAAUCUAUCGUAGGCCAAUCGCUACUCUAUGGCAAGCCUAUCACCACUCUACUGCUAUUCUGUCGCAAACCCAUCUCUACUCUAUCGCAAUACUAUCCUUACCUUAUAUUCAUCCUAUCGCUAUCUCAACCUUAUCCCUACUCUAUAGAAAGCCAGCUGCUACUUUACAGGAAACUUGUCUAUAUUCUAUCGCUACUCUAUCGCAAGCAUAUCACGACUCUCUGGCAAGCCUAUCGCUAUUCUAUGGCUACUCUAUAUUAAGCCUACCGCUACUCUAUCGCAAUCUGUUCAUAUCUAUAUAUCUCAGUUUGAAUGCUAUCUGUCUAAAUUUUUCUUCAUAUCUAUCUAUCUAUCUAUCUAUCUAUCUAUCUAUCUAUCUAUCUAUCUCGUCUGCCCAUAUCUAUCUAUCUAUCUAUCUAUCUAUCUAUCUAUCUAUUAAAAAAUAUUUUAAAAAAGUGUUGUUUUGCAGUUGGCUCUUUUUUGCUCGCCGAGCUACAAAUUCGUUGAUACCUGCACGAUAUCUAUCAGUUUCAUCAAUCAAUCAAUCAAUCAAUCUAUCUAUCUAUCUAUCUAUCUAUCUAUCUAUCUCAGUCUGUUCAUUAUCUAUCUAUCUAUCUAUCUAUCUAUCUAUCUAUCUAUCUAUCUAUCUAUUCGCUAUCUAUCUAUCUAUCUAUCUAUCUAUCUAUCUAUCUAUCUAUCUAUCUAUCUAUGUUCAUUAUCUAUCUCAGUCUGCUCAUUUUCUAUCUAGCUAUCUCAGAUUUUCCUUAUCCAUAUUUCAAUAUCUAUCUCAAUCUGUUCACUAUCUAUCUAUCUAUCUAUCUAUCUAUCUAUAUCAUAUAUUCAUUAUCUAUCUAUCUAUCUAUCUAUCUAUCUAUCUAUCUAUCUAUCUAUCUAUGUUCAUUAUCUAUCUAGCUAGCUAG